GCUGGAAUGGACGUCGUGCGCUUAGCCGUUGCCAAGAAUGAGCAGCUUUUGCAAAAUGUUCGCGUGAAACUGCAGACUGCCAUCAAGGUCUGGGUGCCUAUCAUAUCCAUCGGCGAGAGGGCUUUGGCUUGGACGCUUCAAAGGUUGCCCGACCUUCUCCCAGCAACGGCCGAUCACGAGAGCAAGCUUCGCGAAAGCCAAACUGUGGCUGACACGCUGGCUGUCAAGAUGCUUCAAUCCGAUGACAAGGCCGCCACGAUGAGUAAGCUGCCAAAAACAAUCGGAAAGCUUCGCCAGCAGAAGCUGGCGGCAAGGGAACAUUUGAAAGCUGUUCUUCACGUUGUCUCUUUGCUGGAGCUUCACCUCCAGCCUCCAACUCCGCUUCUCCGACCCGUGAACCCCCAACAGCUUGAACGGCGGGAGUACUACGAUGGCAGAGCGUACAUCACCGACGAGAGAACUGGUGCAGCCAUCUGGAACGACAUUCCUGUUGAACAAGCACCUAGCCUCGUGAGACUUGUGCUGUGUCCCGACGAGGGCUCGCCGCUUUAUAGCGGUUACCAGUUCCUCGCCCAACGCGGCCUCCCACUUGCUUUGUUGAGGGACGAGCUGCAACUUGGCAUCCAUCAAAAAUGCUCGAGUAGGCGCCAGGGCCCCAUUCACGACAAGAAGCGAUGGUGCGCAUGGUCCUUCAAUGCCGACGGGUUCCAGAAGAAGUACUCAUCGACUUUGUUGUUGGUGAUGUGGUCUUCCAUAGAGGAAGGCAAGAACCCUUUCUUCGUGGAGAAGAAAGAUGAAGAGGGCAAGAAGGGAGAUUUCGACAGAAUCCUGGAGCUCUGUGUCAAAGAACCUGGCUCUGCAAGACAAAGAAGCACAUCUUCUCAUGACAUGUCUGGCAUCCGCCCAGGCUCUGGUGGAUGA